UCAAUCCAGAGUUGUAUACAAGUCGUUAGCCUGUUGCGUUCCCAAGCAGCAGCAGUAGCACCACUACCACGAAUAAGUCCUCGAGAAUAUUCCUAUUAUUAUCAUCACCGAGAAAAGUUUAUCUUUCGUGUCAAAAGGGACUCGCUUUAGUGUCAACUCAGAGAAAUAGAUUUAACGUGUUCGUGUUAAAGUUUACACUUCCGGUCGGGGCAAAUAAAAAAUAAAAUACAAAAAAAGUGAAAGGAUUUUUGUUGUUGCUUCCUUAUUACCACACCGCAAAAUACAGCAAUAAAUUAAAAAUAAUAAAAAACAACAACAACAACGAAAGGUACGACGAGCGACGACUUCAACUUUACUUUGACUUUACGAUUACGAUUUUGACUACAGUUACGACUACGACGAAUUUCCUACAACUUCAACAGCCAGCCAGCGAAGCGCCAGCGGGAGGUUUAUUUUGUUUUGUGAAAACGGGGUUGUGAUAAAAAUACGAUUACAUUUUACGGUUAACCAGCGAGAAUUAUUGUUCCGGCAACGAAGUUCCAUUUCCGCUUUUAUCCUUUGAUCCAAUUGAAUUAAGUUUGUUUUUUUUUUCUGGAAAAACUUACAAAAAUAGUUCUUGGUUAUUUGUGUACUCAUUUUCGUGUCGGCUACCAAUUUAUUUGUGACAAAGGCGAAUAUACAAGAAAAAGUGCGUUAAAGAAAUUUAAAAAAUUACCUAAAACAAAUUAUAGUAUAAAAUACGAUACAAAUAGUCUUGGAAAAAAGUUUUAUUUCUGUGGUGUUACCAGCUCUAAGUCGUUUAAAUUGAAAUAAUGAAAGCUACCGCGUGGCUUUGCCCGGUUAUAACGUUACUCUGCGCUAGUCGGUUUGUAUGCACAGCUCAACGAGGAUACCAUGAAUAUAACGCCAUUGAUUCACCCAGCAGUAUGAUUCAGGACGAUUAUUUGCUUGAGAAAAGAACAAAGCCUUCAUUGUCAAUAGUGAAUCCUCUAGAUGUACUUCGACAGCGACUUUUACUAGAAAUAGCCCGAAGACAGAUGAAGGAAAACACGAGGCAGGUUGAAAGAAACCGUGCAAUUUUGAAGAAUGUCGGAAAACGAGGCCCAGAUCAACACCACCCUGGUCCAGAUCCAAGCAGUAUUCUCUACGAACUAUUACACAGCGGCGGCGACAACAUCGAAGAUGAAAACUCAAAAAAGAUUCGGAACAUGAAUGGAGACUAUGCCACCAAUGUGCUUGGCGACGACGAAUCAGCUGAUGACAAUGACUAUCAUUUAAGGUACCUCUACCGUUUGCACAAGAAUCGUUACAACAGAAAAUAAAUUUCUCAAAUAAAUUCCAAAACUUUAAUCACACCUUUGUUAAGCAAAACCAUCAGCGAACAAAACUAAACAUUUCUAACUUUAUGCUUCUACCUUAUAUAAAGUGGGCCCAAUUAAGCCGGGGCACAUUUUAAUAAUAAUUAUUAUAUUUUUUGGCUAUAACAAUCGUUCUUACAAAAAUAAAACAAAACUAUACAAAAAUACUGAUAAUGAAGAAUUAACACAAACAAAAAUAAAAAUAGUUCCUUAAGCUGCAUUUAAAACAAAAUUUAAAUUUGCUUUAAGUUUGUUUCUUUUUAAGUUUAACUUUUGUAUUUUAUAUUUUAAAUGCGUUGCUUGGUUCAAUUUAUGUUAGUACUUUUAUUUUUCUACAAAAUUGGUAAAUGCAAUAUUACAUAACGAAUCUUCUCAAAAAAAUAUUAAAAAUAUGUAUAUUUAUAAUUGUAUUUUUUUAAUUAUGUUUAAAAUUAUAAAUAAGUGUAUUUUUCUAUUGUUGAACACAAAACAAAAAUUAAAAAAAAAAAAAUAAUUUAUAUAAAAUAUUAUAAUCAAUCAAUGUAAAUUUUUAUUAAGUUUCAAAAAAUCAAAGCACAAAGUGAAAAAAGAUAAUUAAAUUAAAAAAAUAUGGAUUGAAUAAGAUAUUUAGAAAAAAAAAUAAAGAAUAAAAUAUGGUAAAAUGCAAUUUCAGUCCGUGUCAAAAAUGUUUACUACUGGAAAGUUCCCUCCCCUUAUUACUUUUUUAAUUUUCAAAUCUCAAAAUCCACCGAACUUUUUUUACUCUUUUCCUUUUAUGCUUCAUUCAUUCAUUCAUUGAGAAAUUUCAAAACAAAAAUUAAUCAAAAAAAUUUCAUCUCAAUUAUGUAAAAAAAUACAAAAAUUAAAAUAACACAUUUUCAGUAAAAUAAAAUAAUAUUCAAAAUAUUAUCUGUUCCACAAGAGUUCAUAAAGUAAAAUUAAAAAAUAAUGAAAGAUAGAAAACUUAUUACCUAUCUAUCCUUAAUGAAAAACAAAAUCAAUCUUAUACAUACAAAAUUUAAACAAAAAACAAAACUAUUAUGUAUAUUUGGAAUAAAUGUUGUUAAUGCUAAAUUUUAAUGAAAAUUAAAAGACAAAAAAAAAUAAAGAAAACACAAAACCAGAAAUCAGAAAUACCAAAAUGUAUAUAAAUCAAAAAUAAAAUUUAAAU